AUGGCUAGCAUACUCGAAAUGAGAAAGCUGAUCGAGGCCAAAGCGCAAACAAUGAUUCGUCCUAUUGUCAGAGUAAGUUUCUUCCUAGUUUAAGUUGAUUUAAACUAUUCAAUUUACAGCCAAAAGAACAAAACGGCAAUGGGGAGGCCAAAAAAGAGGAAGGGGAGAAUCAAUUCAUCUCGACAUACGAGCAGAAAGAGAAUCCCGAGAUCAAACCGAGCUCCUUCGGGAAAAGGCCUGUCUAUUCGAAGUAAGUUGCUCGAUUCGCAAGAUCUUACAUGUUAAGUCUUUUUUAGAGUAGAUAUCAAUUGUGACAAGUGGUUGAUGACGUUGGAUGACGAAUCGCGACUAAAGUUGGACAAUCCGCCAUCGCUAGCAGAUGGCUUAUCUCGAGAAUUGGAAGCGGUUUGUUUCUUGUCUACGAUGGUUCUCAUUCAUUUUUUUUUAGGAAAUCCGUUAUCUUGGCUGCGAACUCAUUCAACAAGGUGCCAUUCUUCUGAAACUACCCCAAACUGCUGCCGCCACCGGGCAAAUCUUGUUCCAGCGAUAUUACUAUCAGAAAAGCUUUGUCAGGUAUCAGUUCGAGGUAAGUGAAGCCUGGAAUUUGGUAAGGACACAAGACGGAAAACUGGAUUAUUGCAGCAUGCAGUACAAGCGUGCCUACUUCUCGCUUCGAAGAUCGAGGAGGAGCCUCGAAGGCCACGGGAGGUGUACAACGUAUUUCACCGUCUCGAACGCCUCCACCGUAUACAGCAGAGCGGAAAUGAAAUAAAUAAGUAAGUUACCAGAAAAGAUCCUUUCACCUAGCUAGUCAGUUAGCUAGUACUUUUUUGUGCCGUCUGUGCUCUCAAUUUGAAACAAUCCCAUGUCAGAACCGAUAACUAUUGUCUGGCAGCAAGCAAAAAGCUUUAAAAUGCGCCGGAAUCGAUUGCCCCGCUCCCCUUUCCCCCGAAAACCGAUGAAUAAUCAAUUUUUAUCGCAGGCGGCUCGAAGCCGAACGUGGAGCAUCUGUUCUUCGGCGAUUUGGCUGAAAGUGAGAGAGAAGUUUAUAUUGUUGCCUUCAUCGUCACACAGGACCCAGGUGAGCUGCGACACGUGUGAGCCGUUUGUUUUCCGUUUUAUUUCGUCACCCAUAUCAAAUUUGAUUAUUAUCGUCGUCUUGCAGCGCGUUUUUCUCUUCGUUUUCGCAAAGGCUAUGCCCGAUUUUUGAAAAAAUAUUACAAAUUUUCACGGCUCACACGUUCGGCUCAUUCUGCGGCUCCUCAGCGCCAUGUUUGCUCGCUUGCUUUCAAUUUUAGUUAUCGGUCGUUUCAUGGGUCCAAUUGCCCGCCUAGGUAGGACUAAUAAUUGUUUAUUGCAGAGAAACGACGCGUGGACUGAGGCCACCUGCUGUCGAUAUGACCUACAUCAACAAUAAACAGCAUGUGAGUUUCGUAAAGGACUUUUGGAUCAAUUAAAGGACGAUGUGUUCAGAUGAUCAAUUCGGAACGGAGAAUACUGGCGACGCUUGGAUUCGUCGUUCACGUGAAGCACCCGCAUCGACUGAUCGUCGCCUACUGUCACACGUUGGGAAUUACGCAGUCGCGGCCGGACAUUCUGCAACGAUCAUGGAAUUACAUGAACGACGGUCUCCGCACGGACAUCUUCAUGCGGUACAAACCAGAAACGAUCGCGUGCUCUUGCAUUUUUCUUGCUGCUCGCACUGUCGAGAACCCGAUUGCUCUGCCGUCCACGCCGUUCCACUGGUUCGAGGCGUUUGAUACGUCGGACAGAGAUGUGGAAGCGAUUGCAUUGCAACUUGUGAAAGUGUAUGCAAGACGGAGAAUUCCGAACUGGCCACGUAUCAAGGCGGAAUUAGAAACGUUGCGAAAUGCGAAGAACGCGGAAAAGGCGGCGGUGAAGGCGAAAGAAAUUGCUGUGAAGUUGGAAAAAAUGGCACCAAAUGACGAUAAAAGCGAGCCGACGAGUGGAAGUGGCAGUCGGAAGGAGUCGCCAGUGAGGAAAGACCGGAGAGAUCGGGAUAAGAAGGACAAGGAUAGGCGCCGAAAAAAGUCAAACGAUAGGGACGGACGGGACCGUCGCGAUCGAGACAGAGAUCAUCGGGGAGACCGCCGGAAAGACGAUAAAAGAGAUCGAAGGAAGAGAAGCAGAUCGCGCAGCAAGGAUCGCAAGGUAACAGACAGCCGAUAUGACGGACUUGUAAACAGAUUAGGGCAGUUGCAGGACAAGGUUCGAGGUCGAGAUGUGGGCAAAAGAUACCGCCGAGAGAGCAAUUCACCAUCCAAAUUCCGACGAUAA